GUAGCUACCAAGUUUGCGAUUCUCCUUCCCUUCUGACAUAAGGACUGGCGGUGCACAAGCAUACAGCAGGGCACAGCUCAGCUGAUUCGCACAAACCCUCACUGCACUCCCUUGCUGCUCAUCCUUGUGUGUCUGGCAUCACCUUGCGUGCACGGAGCUUAAAGGCGAUUGCAGCCAUCGCUCGGAACCCGGUGCAAGCAUGAUUCCCAAUCGGUUGAUAAACACUGGCAGCCGCGCCUUCUGCCAGUCCGUCCGCAACGGUUUUGUCAGCGGUAGCGGUAUUGGCAGCGGCAAGAGCCUCAAGUUUGCGUGUGCCGCACCUCUUUCAGCCGCUGGCAUCGCUUGCGUACCGCCUUUGACUCGCUCUAUUUCCUCUCAUCGCCGCCCAACUCCCGUGGAGCCAUCACCGCUGUCACCCAGGGCACAAAGCAAGGCAAGGCAGCUCUCCUAUGCUUCCAGGCUCUCUUCCCCAGCACCCUCUACACCGGCACUUGCUCAGCACACUGAAUACGAGCCGUCCGCAACUGGAUUGCAACAGUGGGCAAAAUGGCUGCCAAAGGUCAAGCGGUCUCAAGUCAAAAAAGUCUUGCUUGUCGGAUCAGGUGGCUUGAGCAUUGGACAGGCUGGAGAAUUCGACUACAGCGGCUCACAGGCUAUUAAGGCUCUCCGUGAAUCUGGUAUCGAGACCAUCCUGAUCAACCCCAACAUAGCUACUAUUCAGACCAGUCAUCAUCUAGCGUCCCAAAUAUACUUCCUUCCCAUCUCUCCCGAAUAUGUCGCAUACGUGCUCGAAAAGGAGCGACCGGAUGGUGUUCUCCUUACCUUUGGCGGCCAAAGCGCUCUCAACGUUGGCGUCAAGCUCGAUGAGAUGGGCGUCUUUGAGCGACUCGGUGUCGAGGUCCUCGGCUCUCAGGUCGACGUGCUGCGCAUGUGCGAGGACAGGGACCUUUUCGUGCAAGCUCUGGAUCAGAUCAACAUUCCAGUCGCCAAGUCCGAAGCCGUAUCAUCUGUGAAUGCUGCACUCAAGGCAGCAGAGGACAUUGGAUACCCUGUCAUCGUCCGUGCCGCUUAUGCGUUGGGAGGGUUGGGCUCUGGCUUUGCGGAGAACGAGGAAGAGCUCCGAGAUCUGAGCGCCCGCUCGCUUUCUCUGAGCCCGCAAAUCCUGGUCGAGAAGAGUCUCAAGGGUUGGAAGGAGAGCGAGUACGAGGUUCUUCGUGAUCAGGAAGACAACGCAAUCAUCUGCUGCAACAUGGAGAACUUCGACCCGCUCGGGAUCCACACUGGAGACUCCAUUGUCGUCGCCCCGUCUCAGACCCUAUCGGAUGACAAUUACCACAUGCUGCGCACUGCAGCGUUGAAAGUCAUCCGCCAUCUUGGUAUCGUUGGAGAGUGCAACAUUCAGUAUGCGCUCAGCCCGGAUAGCCGAGAGUAUAGGGUGAUCGAGGUGAACCCCCGCUUGAGUCGGUCAAGUGCGCUCGCGUCCAAGGCGACAGGAUACCCGCUUGCUUACACUGCAGCCAAGCUGGCCCUUGGUCACACACUUCCGGAGCUUCCCAAUGCCGUCACCAAGACAACCACUGCAUGUUUCGAACCCUCCCUUGACUACAUCGUCACCAAGAUCCCCAAGUGGGAUCUCUCGAAGUUCCAACACGUCAACCGUGAGAUUGGCUCGAGUAUGAAGUCCGUGGGCGAAGUCAUGGCUAUCGGACGAACAUUUGAAGAGUCGCUGCAGAAAGCCAUUCGCCAAAUUGCGCCAAAUUACGAUGGCUUUGCUCCGUACAUCGAGCCUGUCGACCUGGACCACGCCCUUGCGGUUCCCACGGACACGCGCCUUUUCGCCAUCGCGUACGCAAUGCUCGUAAAGGGCUACGAUGUCGAGAGGCUCCAUGAUCUCACGAAGAUCGACCGCUGGUUCCUGCACAAGCUCCAGAACAUCGUCGACAUCCAUCACACGCUCAAAGACCUCGGCGAGAUCAGCGCUGUUGACAAGGAGACUGUUUUGCUUGCAAAGCAAAGGGGAUUCUCAGACAGGCAGAUCGCGCAACUCACCAACAGCACCGAGGAUGUUGUUCGCAAGCACCGCAAAUCGCUCGGUGUCACCCCCUUCGUCAAGCGUAUUGACACUGUCGCUGCCGAGUACCCCGCGCAUACAAACUACCUGUACACGACUUACAAUGCGACCACGCAUGAUGUCGAGUUUGACGACAACGGAACCAUGGUCCUUGGCUCUGGUGUCUACCGCAUUGGCAGCUCGGUUGAGUUCGACUGGUGCGCUGUCACCUGCGCUCGCCGCGUCCGCUCGAUGAACCACAAGACCAUCAUGAUCAACUAUAAUCCCGAGACUGUCAGCACGGACUUUGAUGAGGCCGAUAGGCUUUACUUCGAAGAGCUCGGGUUUGAGCGUGUGAUGGAUAUCUACGAGCUGGAAGGCGCAUCUGGUGUUGUCGUCUCCGUCGGUGGUCAACUUCCGCAAAACAUCGCGCUUAGGCUCAAGAACAAUGAAGUGAAUGUCCUCGGUACCGAUCCCGUCAUGAUCGACUCUGCCGAGGAUCGUCACAAAUUCUCAUCAAUCUUGGAUCAGAUCGGCGUCGAUCAACCCGAAUGGGUCGAGGUCACUACCGUGGAGAAGGCCAAAGAAUUUGCGUCCAAGGUUGGCUACCCUGUCCUUGUCCGUCCCAGCUACGUACUCUCAGGUGCGGCCAUGAAUGUCAUCUGGGACGAAUCCACAUUGCAACAGCAUUUGACAGGAGCUGCAGAAGUCAACACUGACUACCCGGUUGUUCUUAGCAAGUUCAUCGACAAUGCUCAAGAGAUUGAUGUGGAUGCUGUCGCGUACAAAGGCGAGCUUCUCGUUCAUGCAGUGUCAGAACAUGUGGAGAAUGCUGGUGUCCAUUCCGGCGAUGCAACGCUGGUUUUACCGCCAUUCUCACUUGAUCCCAACGAUCUCCAGCGCUUGAAGGCCAUCGCACAAAAGGUUGCAAAAGCGUUCCAAAUCAGCGGCCCAUUCAACAUGCAGGUCAUCAGAAAGCCUGCGGAGGAAGGAGAGACAGAAGCAGCUCUCAAGGUCAUUGAAUGCAAUCUGCGCGCCAGUCGUUCGUUCCCAUUCGUCAGCAAGGUGUUGGGUGUCAACUUCAUCGAUAUUGCGACAUGUGCCAUUGUUGGACAGGAUGUCCCGAAGCCAGUGGAUCUGAUGAACGAAAAGCGCGACUACGUAGCCAUCAAGGUUCCUGUCUUCUCAUGGACUCGUCUGGCUGGCGCAGACCCUUUCCUUGGAGUCGAAAUGGCGAGCACGGGCGAGGUGGCUUCGUUCGGCAAGGACUUGGCCGAAGCAUACUGGGCUUCCAUUGCGUCCACCACAGGCUUCCGGGUGCCUGAACCAAACAAGGGUGUCUUGAUCGGUGGCGACAUCUCCAAGCCGCAGAUGGCAAGCGUCGCCCGCCGCUUGUAUGACUUGGGCUUCAAGCUGUACUGCUCGAAUGCUGAGGUUGAAUCCUUCCUCAAUUCCAUACCGCACGUCUCAGCGAAGCGUAUCUGGUUCCCAUUGAAAGACAAGCGUAAAUUGCGCGAGGUCUUCGAUGAGUAUGAGAUUCAAUUCGUUGUCAACCUAGCCAAGUCCCGCGGUCGCGACACCAUGGAUGAGGACUACGUAGCUCGCCGGAAUGCAGUGGACUUCGGUGUCCCGCUUAUCAAUGAGGCACGUUGCGCGGAACUCUUCGUCGAAGCGCUUGAGCGCAAAAUUCCUCAAGGAGGUUUGCUUGGCUAUCAGGAGGGCAAGAUCCCGCCUGAGGUCAAGAGCUGGCGCGAAUUUGUGCCAGACAAUACCGCUUAGAGGUGCAUAUUCUGCGCAAUGUUUACGUUACACCCCAAUCGCGCAUAUCGAGUCAUCUAUGUAGAAUCUUUCAUCCCAUCAAUGCAUGCAUGUCGACGGAA